AUGCAGUCAGGCCCUUCCGAUAUGGAGCACUGCGCAGCUGACUCUUUGACGUUUGCCCAUCCCUUUCGUCCCAUGCCCAAGGACGUCGAGGAGGUGCGCUCUAUUCUAGAACAUAAAGUACCGCCGGAGCUUGCCAUCCAGAUAGUCUCGCUUGGGUACAACCCAUGGCUUGUGAAACGGAAAGUCCACGAGCAGGAGUACUACGCCGACUACACGAAACCUAACGCGGAACACUGUGUUGCGGGCUUAUAUCUCACUACCGAGUGCAUUCCCAACGAUGGGCGCAGGGCCAUUCCACAACGCAUCAUCUUCCAGACGAGCGCGGCGUACCAAGGAUAUAUAGCUCACGACGGAAAGGAUGGCUUUCUCAACAGCCACACGCGGUUCGACGCCAGCAUUCUACGCCCCUUGUCUCCGAAACUAAAGGGGAAGGGCCAGGAUAUGCCUCUUGAAGACGUCCUCCUGGAUACCUGGUGGGAUCCUAGGUCUGCCGCGGACGUUCUGAGGGAGAAAGGGUGGGACUUUGCGGCGGCAGAGGACGGGCGUAUCGAAUGGCGAGUGUGCAACAAUAGCGAGGCAUGCAGCGAGUACCAAGACUACAAGGUUGAAUGGAAAAGAGGCGUUCAUAUAGAGGUUGAGGAUGAUGGGCCGAUAGGAAAAGGCGAAGGGUUUUUGGAGCUUUUGGAGCCGGGAUUCAUCGUCGUGCUUUGGGUUAGGACAGGGCUAAGAUGUUGGCGUAAUAAAGUUCGAGCAGCGACUAUUGAGAUUGAGUAUGAGCUGCCAUAG